AUGUAUCGCAAACCACAACAAGUAGUACUCAAGUACCAGGUUGUUACAACUUGUAUGACAUUUUUUAUUUUAUAAAAUCGUAGCAGUGACAUAGCACAAGUUAGGACUUCGACUGCCUCUGGGGGUGGGAUAAGGGUUCAAACGUUUGAUAUGUUGAAGUAGAGUGACAAGAUUUUGGAUAGAGGCUUCCAGAAGAUGACAGUCAGGUGACAAUAGAUGAGAACACUGACACAUGAAACAUGCAAGAGGAAUGGGAUGCAAACAACACACUUUCACAAAUCGCUGAUCCACGCUGCGGUUACAGGUGUACAUGUGGGCACAAACACGUUUCGGCAACAGCGCUCUCCAAAUAGAGAUGCGAAUAAAUCGUAGCGCAUUUGCGCAACACGCUAUGAUCAUUAGGCUGUUUUGUAUUUCUAGAUGUAUGAAAAGAUCCGGUAGGGUUGGCGUUGGUUUCGUGGGUGGAAAGCGUUGAGGAUGUGUUAGGAGAUGAGGAUUGAUUUGUUUCACCUUACUAGGAAGUGAGUGUUGUGUCCGGGAAGGGGAGGGACUCCGACGACAAGUCGGGGCGCUGCUGUGCUAUUACAAGGCUGCGGCAGAGCAACGUUUUAAACCUUAAUACUCGAUUACGUGCAUGUUGUGUUUUGCUUAAGUAACGGUGAGUCAAGCUGCAAAGCAACGCAGCUUUUAUUUUUAUUUAAGAGCGCGUUUGGCCCGGCUCUGCUCGGCCCGGCACGGCCUGCAUGUGCAGAGGAAAAGCCUAUAGCGCAGGCUAAUGGCAGUUGAGCUCAUUACCGCUAGAAACGCAUGACAAGUUGACCGUGAACUUUGUCACAUUUCGGAGCAAUGUCCAGUCUGCUGUUGGUGAGAAACGGCAGGAGAGCGAUUUCGCUAAUCGGCGGGGGGCGCAGAGUAACCGACGCACUUUCAGGAGUUCAUGCGGUUGCGCGGCGCUUCAUCAUAGAUAUGUCCUACUCAGCGCACUUCAUGGAUUUUAAAGGAUCCUCCAUACCGAGCACUAUGAAAAAGCUGGUCGUUACCAAGCUUAGUCCUAAUUUCAGAGAGGCCGCCUCUCUGCAAACCGUUGCGGUUCCGACACCCGGAGACGCGGACUUGCUGGUCAGAAAUCGUUUUGUGGGAAUCAACGCCUCUGAUAUUAAUUAUACGGCAGGCCGUUACGACCCUUCGGUGAAGCCUCCCUUUGACGCUGGUUUCGAGGGUAUUGGUGAGGUUGUCGGCCUUGGCCUUAGUGCCAGCUCCCGUUACACCAUCGGGGACACCGUGGCCUACUUCGGCAGCGGUGCGUUUGCCGAGUACACGGUGGUGCCAGCCAAGGAAAGUGUGCCCGUCCCUUCUGUGAAGCCAGAGUUCCUCACCCUGCUGGUCAGCGGUGCCACAGCCUACAUCGCCUUGAAACGUCUGGGCGACCUGGUCAAAGGUGAGACCGUCCUGGUCACAGCGGCUGCAGGAGGAACAGGACAGUUCGCCGUGCAGUUUGCCAAACAGGCCGGUUGUCACGUUAUUGGGACCUGCUCAUCCAAUGAGAAAGCUGGCUUCCUUAAAUCCAUUGGUUGCGACAGGCCGAUCAACUACACCGCAGAGGACCUGGCCAAGACGCUGAGGAAAGAGUACCCAAAAGGCAUAGAUGUGGUUUAUGAGUCAGUGGGAGGCAGCGUUUUGGAACUUGCAGUGAAUUGUUUGGCAAAUAAAGGCCGGCUGAUAGUGAUUGGCUUCAUCUCGGGGUACCAGACUGCAUCAGGGAUCCCACAGUUCAGAGGUGGAACACUACCAGUCAAGCUGCUCCAGAAGUCGGCCAGUAUUCGGGGUUUCUUCCUGCCCCACUUCAUCAGUGACUACAGGGAGGCUCUGGGUAGCAUGAUGCAGAUGUUUGCCAAGGGAAAGCUAGUGUGUGAGGUGGACUGUGGGGAUUUGGCACAGGGGGGGAGGUUUGUAGGUUUGGAGUCAGUCUUCCAGGCUGUAGACUACAUGUAUGCUGGGAAAAACCUGGGCAAGGUCGUGGUUGAAGUGGCACCACCCUCUGUUAGUAAUAGUAAGCUAUGAUUUAACUAAUUAAUUGCACUAAAGAAAUCAUACUUGAACCAAAAUGAUUGUUAUGUUAAAAAUGGAAAACUGUAAAUUAGGGCUUUAAUCAUUUUUAAUAGAGAUCAAGCUCUUUAUUUUUGUAAGAUGAUUGAUAUGGCAUUGAAAGUAAAGCUGCAUAAUGCUUUCACAAAGCAACUUUAAUUUCUGCUAUCGUGACUGAAAACUAUGUGCAAUAAAAACUGAUUGUUUUGUUAUUUA